AGCGGAUGUGUGUUGAUGCAGAACGUGGCUACUCCGUGAAAUGAAAGCUUUGGUUUAUUUGCUUUUUAUCUCCUUCUCGUCGCUGAUAAGCGCACAAAUGCCAUGGGAAAUACCAUCGUUACCAGAAGAUUCUGACGAGGAUGUAAAUCGAAACGAAUUUGAAUGCUACGCCAAGUGCUUCAACGUCUUCCCGAGCACAACCGCCAAAGAAAAUAACAACACUAUAACAAAAUCAUGCGAAAGGAAAGUGGGGGACAUGCGGCUGCUCCGAGUAGCGGCGACGCGAAUGUAUAUUUCGAAAAUGGCAAAGACCUGGUACCAAGCCUACCACUUCUGCCGCAAAUACGGCAUGAACCUGGCUCCGAUUUUAAACCCACAAGCCGAAAGUGCUUUCACUCGUCUCAUCGUUAAACAUGGACAAGACGGAGAAGGGUUUUGGAUGGGAGCGACCGAUAUGGCGCAAGACGGCAGAUUUUACUGGAUGGUCGGAGGAUACGAUUUUGACAAAAACAGCAUUAAGCUGGUGAACGCCAACGACAAAAGCGGUGACUGCGUUGAAUUAAGGAUUGUGGAAAGGGCUGAAAUUGAGGAGACGGAAUGGGCAAAGUCGGACUGCAUGAUCCCUAAACGAUUUGCUUGCAGCUUCCCGACAGCUUGCAUCGUGCAAAACGGAACAUCAAGCACUUAGAUUAUUAAAUUACUUAAUUUAUUUGUUGCUUUCAUGUUGAAAUACUUGAAAAUUGGGAAAUUUAAUUAAGCUCACCUUUACGAUAAAAAAAUAUUUCAAUUUUGUUCAAACCAUUUCCUUCGUUUUUAUAUUUUAUUUCGUCCUGAAAAAGAGACAUAAAUAUAUUACAAAUAGUAUUUUUUUUCAAUUGAUUUAAUAAUAAUUAUCUGUGGAGCGAAUUUUACCACACCAGGAGACGCUGCUCUGCUAGUUUUGUAUAGUCACUGAGUGUGACAGAGUCAGCAAAAAUUCGCGACACCCCUCUUGAAAGAGAACAUUGCUGUGGCCAUGCAAUUAACAAUAAAAAGACGUUCAGGGGCAAACGCGAAAUAUGAAAUGAGAAAAGUGCUGAUGCUAGAGCUUCGCAAGAUUUUUCGCCCUCGCCUCUGAACCCUUUGUGGCCAGCCGAAAUGGGCGGUCAUUGCUGCUUGUUCUACGUGACCCACAUCUCGAGAGCCUCAUAUUCGCCACUCGUUUCCCAUCCAACAAUAU